GGGAAGGGUGCACACACACACACACCGGGACUCGCACCCUGACCCGGCCCCAGCCAAGCCCGGACCCGCGCCAUGCAGGGACGGAUCGUGGCUCUGUGGCUUUUCCUGUCCCUGCGCACAGCGCUCAGCGGGAUGGAGGUGCGGUGGUGCACCACCUCAGAGCCGGAGCAGCAGAAAUGUGGCGACAUGAGCAAGGCCUUCCAGGAAGCGGGCGUGCAGCCCCCCCUCCUCUGCAUCCAGGGCACCUCAGUGGACCACUGCGUCCAGCUCAUCGCGGCCCAGGAGGCUGAUGCCAUUACUGUGGAUGGAGGAGCCAUUUAUGAGGCCGGAAAGCAGCACGGCCUGAAGCCCGUGGUGGGCGAAGUGUAUGAUCAAGAGGCUGGGACCUCCUAUUACGCAGUGGCUGUGGUGAGAAGGAACUCCAGUGUGACCAUAAACACCCUGAAAGGAGUGAAGUCUUGCCACACAGGCAUCAACAGGACAGUGGGCUGGAACGUGCCCGUGGGCUACCUGGUAGAGAGCGGCCACCUCUCAGUGAUGGGCUGUGAUGUGCUCAAAGCUGUCAGCGAGUAUUUUGGGGGCAGCUGCGUUCCUGGGGCGGGAGAGACCAGUUACUCUCAGUCCCUCUGUCGCCUCUGCCGUGGUGACACCUCUGGGGAGGGCAUAUGUGACAAGAGCCCUCUGGAGAGAUACUAUGACUACAGCGGGGCCUUCAGGUGCCUGGCAGAAGGCGCAGGUGAUGUGGCCUUUGUGAAGCACAGCACCGUACUGGAGAACACCGAUGGGAGAACUCUGCCCUCCUGGGGCCAGGCGCUGCAGUCCCAGGACUUCCAGCUCCUGUGCAGGGAUGGCAGCCGCGCCGAUGUCACCGAGUGGAGACGCUGCCACCUGGCCCGUGUGCCCGCGCAUGCUGUGGUGGUUCGGGCUGACACGGAUGGGGGCCUCAUCUUCCGGCUGCUUAAUGAAGGCCAGCGUCUGUUCAGCCAUGAGGGCAGCAGCUUCCAGAUGUUCAGCUCUGAGACCUAUGGCCAGAAGAACCUGCUGUUCAAGGACUCCACCUCAGAGCUGGUGCCCAUCGCCACGCAGACCUACGAGGCCUGGCUGGGACCCGAGUACCUGCAUGCCAUGAAGGGUCUGCUCUGUGACCCCUACAGGCUUCCCCACUACCUGCGCUGGUGCGUGCUGUCCACGCCCGAGAUCCAGAAGUGUGGAGAUAUGGCCGUGGCCUUCAACAGGCAGAGGCUCAAGCCAGAAAUCCAAUGUGUAUCUGCCCAGUCGCCUGCACACUGCAUGGGGCAGAUCCAGGCUGGGCACAUUGAUGCUGUAACGCUAAGCGGUGAGGACAUUUACACUGCAGGGAAGGUGUACGGCCUGGUGCCCGCAGCCGGGGAGCUCUAUGCUGAGGAUGACAGGAGCAGCUCCUACUUUGUGGUGGCUGUGGUGAGACGGGACAGCGCCUACUCCUUCACGCUGGAUGAGCUGCGUGGCAAGCGCUCCUGCCACUCUGGUUUCGGCAACCCCUCAGGGUGGGACAUACCUGUGGGUGCCCUCAUCCAGAGGGGCUUCAUCCGGCCCAAGGACUGUGACAUCCUCACAGCGGUGAGUGAGUUCUUCAAUGCCAGCUGUGUGCCAGUGAACAACCCCACUCACUACCCUUCCUCACUGUGCGCGCUCUGCGUGGGGGAUGAGCAGGGCCGCAACCGGUGCGUGGGCAACAGCCAGGAGCGGUACUACGGCUACAGUGGGGCCUUCAGGUGCCUGGUGGAGAACGCGGGAGACGUCGCCUUUGUCAAGCACACCACUGUCUUUGAGAACACAAACGGCCACAAUCCCGAGCCUUGGGCUACUGGGCUUAGGUGGCAGGACUAUGAGCUGCUUUGCCCCAAUGGGGCCCGGGCUGAGGUGAACCAAUUUGAAGCUUGCAACCUGGCACAGAUGCCCUCCCAUGCCGUCAUGGUGCGGCCGGACACCAACAUCUUCACUGUGUUUGGACUGCUGGACAAGGCCCAGGACCUGUUUGGAGAUGAUCACAAUCAGAACGGGUUCAAAAUGUUCGACUCCUCCAAAUACCACAGCCAAGACCUGCUCUUCAAGGAUGCGACAGUCCGGGCAGCGCCUGUCAGAGAGAAAACCACAUACCUCGACUGGCUGGGGCCUGACUAUGUGUCAGCUCUGGAGGGCAUGCUGUCUCAGCAGUGUUCAGGAGCAGCUUCCCAGGACCUUCUGCUGCCACUGCUUCUGCUGCCGCUGGCUGCUGGCCUUGUCCUGUUUGCCCUCUGACAGCAGCGGGACCCCCACAUGGAAAUUACUCAGAACCCCCCACACUGAUUGUAAAACCAGUUAGCAUUGCUAGAGAAACACAAGAUGGAAGAGCAAGUGUGAGAAAGCACACAUGCAGAUCCUCCAUGUGUGAUUCUGACCCAAAGAAAAGUUUUUGGAACCAAGAUGAAUGUAAAAACAAAGUCCCCCAACCUGAGCCAGGCUGGCACCACCCCCGGGCCCUGGCUACCUGAGGCAGCUGGCACCUGGCCCAGUCAUACCACCCAGGCUGGCUUCCCACAGACCUGCAGCCUCCCACCUGGAGCCUCCCAAGAUGGGCUAGGGAAGAGGCCUGUUGCCAAGGAAACAGCUGUGCCCCGCUCCCCACAUGGGGCCUGUGUGCCCUGGAGGCCUGGGGAGGUGUGAGAGGACCCCUGUGUCUCCCUGUCCCCCACACCCUUCCUGGAGCCCCCUGGGGAGGCAGGAAUUUUUUUCCAGGCUCCAGAAGGGAGGACAACAAAGAACUGGUGGCUAAGAAUAAAAUCCUCAGCAAACCCCAGGGGAAUGAAAAGCUCCCCAGCAGGCAGUUGAGUGUUUAAGGGGCUUGCUGCAGGGCUCCGAGCCAUGUCCUGCCUGAACCACAGCUACUGGAAGGAAGUGCCUGGUCCCGCGGGGAAUUUAGCCCACCAGCUCAUGGAGGGGUAGAUGGUCCCCUGGAUUCCCAUCCCAAAUAUCCUCACCAGGGGUUCAGGUUCAUGUUAUCUUCUUCCCUUGCACACACACACACACACACACACACACACACACACACCUUCAGUCUACUCCUGACCACCAGUCAGCCAAGGUCGCCUCAGCCAGGAGGAGCAGAGAUGGCCCAGGCCACUUCCACAAGUAGCAAAAGACAUCCCCCUCCCCACCACAAGCCCUGGCCCACCUCCUCCUCCAGCCCCGCACCUCCUGGGCCUCAAGGCCACUCACAGGGGACAGUGCUGUGACCCUGGCUCUUUUGCCACUCUCCUCCUCCACCAUCUCUAAAGAGCCAGAAAAAGUUUUUCCAAACUGCUAGCUCUUACUCCCAAAUGUUGCUGCCUUAAAAUAAAUAAAUAAAUAAAAUGAAAGAAAAGGAAGAAACAGGAGCCUGCAGCCCUCAUCAGCUGCGUGGGCCUGGAGCUAUUUGUGUCCUGGUGUGGGGGGGGAGGGGGGCCUGGGAUGCUGCUGACAAGCUAGGCUCCCGGUGGCUCGCCCCCACCGGUGGGCGUGGGGCCGGAUCU